AUUAUACCAGGUGCACUUGUCGCCUGUUGGGACCAUGAUGCCUACGCUCUGAACGCCUGAACAAACUGCCAAGGUGCAGAGAUACAACGGUGAAGUUGUUUGUCUGAUCAGAAUAAGGAAUCCCCAUGGAACAAACGAGUGGAAAGGCAAAUGGAGUGACCAGAGUCCUGAAUGGGAGACUUUGGUCAAAGGCAAAAGAUUUGAGACGAAUUAGAGAUGAUGGGGAGUUCUGGAUGGAACUGUCAGACUUAAUGCAAAAUUUACGCAAACUACAAUUUGUUCCAUGACUAUUGAUUUCGACAAAGAUGGACAGUCCGAUCCUUUAAACUAUGUGCUCAGGAUAUUUGGAGAGUGGGGAACGGAGGUGAAAGUCAAGAUCCCAAAGAUCUGCAAGAAGCCGGAGUUUUCCGACAAGUAUAGAGGCCUCACACCGGAAGGAACUGUCCCUGUCGUAGUUCAAGUCAUACAGGAUGAACUCCGGCACGACAACUUCAGCAACAUCGGCUGUGACGUAUUAACCGGGGAUGGUCGUACACCUAUUCAAGACAUUGAGGGAAAGCCACAACACUCUGUUGAACUCCAGCGUGUGUUCCGCUACAUCCUGUCACCUGGGACGUACAUUCUGCGUCCUUCCAGAGAACGUGGAACCAGCAGGGAGUUCCUUGUACGGAUCUUCUCACCCUGUCCAAUCUAUGAAGACAAGUAUUAAGUGUCAAUGAGUACAUCACUAGUACUCAAGUAGUGAUGGACUGUACACCGAAGUGUCACUACAUUUCAGAGGAGAAUUGGUCAUUUAUAGUAUAUGACGUAUCAAAUUAGUUUCGUUAACAUAGGAGAUAUAAUUUCAUUGUCCAAGUUGGCUACGGUGAUAGCACGACAUGUCAUACUUCAUAUAAUUUGAAGUGUUUCAAGAGACAAGGCACCAGGGGCCGAUACCGAGCACUUACUUCUAUGUAUUUUACUUCUAUUAAACACACUUCUCAAUAUUUGUGUUAGAAAUGUUCAGCCUGUGGUUUCUUAUCUUGUCUAUUGUUGGCCAUCAGUUAAUUGAAAACAUUCCUAAACAUUGAUCACAACCUAUUGUCAAGAACAUUCCUCAAAAUGCCUUCAAUGAAAUGAUAAUGAUUACUUUAGAGAGGAAGUUAACUCUAAAAUGGAAUAUAUAAUUCGUUCAUUAUAAUUUCUAUUACAGUUUAUAUCACUUGUUAAGCUCACAAAAAUGUCAUCACCCUGAUCGCCUUUGGCAUAAAUCGGGUCAGUUACAUCCCAGAUUAAAUAUUCUUAAAGGACAUUAUAUCCACAUUCACCACUAAUUUCCUUUAAGAAUAUAACGUUACCCUUGGUAG